AUGGCUCUGCAGGAUGUGUGCAAGUGGCAGGCCCCCGACACCCAAGAAGCCUCACCUCACCUGCCUCAGGCUGGUGGCUGGGCUGUGCCCCAGGGCUGGGACCCUCAAACCUUCCUGCAGAUCCAUGGCCCCAGGCUGGCCCAUGGUACCACCACCCUGGCUUUCCGCUUCCGUCAUGGAGUCAUCGCUGCGGCUGACACGCGGUCCUCCUGUGGCGACUACGUGGCCUGUCCAGCCUCACGCAAGGUCAUCCCUGUGCAUCAGCACCUCCUGGGCACCACCUCUGGCACCUCGGCCGACUGUGUCACAUGGUACCGGGUGCUACGGCGGGAGCUGCGGCUGCGGGCACUGAGGGAGGGUCAGCUGCCCAGUGUGGCCGGCGCCGCCAGACUCUUAUCAGUCAUGAUGUCGCGCUAUCGGGGGCUGGAUCUGUGCGUGGCCACUGCCCUGUGCGGCUGGGACCGUUCCGGCCCUGCCCUCUUCUACGUCUACAGCGACGGCACCUGCCUGCAGGGGGACAUCUUCUCGGUGGGCUCUGGAUCUCCCUAUGCCUAUGGUGUGCUAGAUGGCGGCUACCACUAUGACAUGAGCACCCAGGAAGCCUAUGCCCUGGCCCGCCGUGCUGUGGCCCAUGCCACCCACCGUGAUGCCUACUCGGGGGGCUCCGUGGACCUCUUCCACGUGCGGGAGAGUGGGUGGGAAUAUGUGUCCCGCAACGACGCCUGGGUGCUGUACUCGGAACUGCGGAAGUUCCCAGGGCCGGGGCCAGAGCAGGAACGGGAGGAGGAGGCCACCCCGGACAGAGCCGGUGAAGGCAGAGAACCGUCUGUGGCGCCAGCCCCGGGGGACUCGAGGAUGCCCGCAGAGGCGCUGUGA